AUGCUCCAACAGACUAAAGCUUCCACAGUGGAACUUCUAGAGGCACUGGAUAAGGACACUAAGGACCUUGAAGAGUUUCGUGCAAAGAACCAGCGUUUGCUGAAAUUGUGGGUGGGCCGACUUCUCUACUACUCAUCUGCUCUGUACCUGAUCACGUGUCUGUGUGUGUAUUACCUGUACUUUCCUGAGCAGUGGAGCGCUCGGCUCAUCACUGCCCUGCCUCUGCUGGCCUUUCCUGCACUGAUUAGAAUGCGUCCUCCUGGUCCACCUCUUGCUCGACCCAUCCUUCCACAAGAGCGCAGCGCUGUGGACAGAGUCAUUGAGUAUUUGGUGGGAGAUGGACCUCAGAACAGAUAUGCAUUGAUUUGCCAGCAGUGUUUUUCCCACAAUGGUAUGGCUUUGAAGGAGGAAUUUGAGUAUGCAGCAUUCCGUUGUGCUUAUUGCUACUUCAUGAACCCGGCAAGAAAGACACGCCCCCAGGCCCCCAGACUCCCAGAAUUCAGUUUUGAGCACAGACUUUGCUCUGAAUCUCCUGAAACACAGUCUUCUGCUGCCACAGAGACACCAGAGGACAGUGAUGCCCCUGAAGACCGUAUUGUCUCGACUCCUGCCACUCGUGUUUCACACUCUGGCACCCCUUGGAGUAAAGUUCAUAGUUUCAAGAAAUUUCCCUCAGAUGACAUAGAAAGAACUACAACUGCUGAGCCUCAGGACCCUACCACUGAAAAUCCACCUGCUGCACAUGAAUCAGAGGAAGAAGAGGCACAGUCUCAACAGAGCCCGCCCCCCUCAGAGGAUGUCCAAAAGGAAGAGGCGGGAGCUCAGGGGCAACAGCAGAAAGAGGAUGAAUCAAACUAAACUGUUUAAAUGCAGUUUAAACAUGCAUGAUCAAUGCCAUUCACUACAGCUUUUGGUUUUUGGGAUGUUUGGUUUUAACUUCACCCUAAAUCAUGUUCAUUUAGUACUUCUUAGUAAUUCUGGAGGCUGUUAAGAGUUUUUACUCCUAAUUUGUUUAUAUAUGCACCACAGUGUUUACAUAUAGUGGGCUAAAUAUCAUAUCACAUUACAGUUUGUAAUGCUAAUGGUGUGGUGCGCCCCAUAAUGGUGAUGUCACCCAGUACAAUACCUGUGCAUGGUUUGUUUAUGAGGGUGAUUUCACAAAAGAAUAGUAUCAUUUUACAGUGUUAGCAUUCAGUUGCGUAGUAAAUAAGGACAGGAUACAUUUUACAGAUUUUAUCUGUCUUUGUGUUUACAGAAUUAUUUGAAACCGCAAGCUAAACAAAAAUACACUGACAAACGCAUAGACUUUGUAGGGGAGUGAUGGUUUUUUUUUGUGCUAAAUGCACUAUUUUGAGUAUUAAAUAUUUAUUCUUU